AUGCCCGGAGAAAAGUAUGAUUGCGCCAAGGACGCAGCGCCGAGGGGAGUGGCCACCCGCAUCCCCGAGCGCGCACGCGCACAGACUCCCGCCGCCAAGUUCUCAGCUCGCGUGGAGACGCAGGGGGCGCCCUCCAUGCGGCAGCCCCGCACUGGGCAGGCGCGAUCUUUAAUGUCUCCGCCCCCGCUCCCCUGCCUCCACCUGCCUGGAUCGUUAGCCGUCCCGCCUGAGAUCCCCUCCAGGUUCAAAUUCGACUGGGUGAAGGUGGACCAGAGGAAGAUAGAGGCGCGGGAGGGCAGGACCGGCUGCGGUGUGGACCAAGGUCACUGCCACCCUGGCUUUGCCCCGGAGCCCAUGGAGCUGAGACCUGACACCAGCAGCAAGGAGAAUGUGCCCCCCAGGCCGGCCACCCCCCUGAGGCCAGAGCAAUGGAGACUCCGGAAGAGCCUGGCCAGUACACAUGGCCGGUGGGUGCCCGUGGGCCAGGCCGAGAGCAGGGGGGCUGCCACCACACCAUCCCCGGGAGCAGCACUGUGCCAGGAGCCCUGCCGAGUCCAGAGCAAACUGACCAGCCCCAGCCUGGGCCUCGCCCUGAGGGACACGACUGGCCAGCUGACCAACUCAAGCUUCCGACAGCAGAGCAACUUGCAGCCCCUGGCCGGGAGGCCCCAAAGAAGAGCCCAGGCGUUUGCCAUCCAGCAGAGCAAUCUGAGUGUCAGGGAGACCAGCAUGGCUGAGUGGGGACGUCGCCUCUGGUCGGGGGCUCAGGAAAGCUUCUGGCCACACAGGAUGCCCGGGGAAAGCCCUCUACCCCGAGGGCCACUGGCUUCCCCAGCCUCCCGCCCGAGGUGGUCCCGGCUGCUGUCCACCAAUACCCCCUGCCCAGACAUUGGGCCCGCUGCAGGCCUGGGCCCGCUCAAAGGGCACACACGGCCGGACCCCAGAUCCCAGUGUGGCCUGGGGGGCUGGACCUCCAGGCUUGUGGGGGAAACCCUCACCCUGGAGGACCUGGCUGUCCCUGCCCAGAGCCGGACUCGGGCUCUGUCCCAAGUUGCCAUCCACCAGCUGCUGGCCUCUGUGCAACGCCUGGAGCACUCGGGCCUGACAGAGAUAAGGCCCGGAUGGCAGAUCCUCGCAGAAUUUCAGGAGAAACGCGGGGACUGCCGCUCCUGGGAAUCCUAA